AGUAUCGCUGAGGAGACAGUCAAAAGACAGUCCUUCAAAACAGAGAGCAGGCUGAAGCUGGGGAUGGCAGCAGCAUUGAUGAGUGCUCAUUCCCCGGCUCCUCUGAAUCUGAAGAAGGAGGGGCUUCGGGUAGAGAAGGAGGAUCAGCGCUCUGCUUGGCAACAGGGACUCCAGCUGCAAGGAGACAGCACAGGCCUUGGACAGGAGCUGUUGUGCAAACAGUUCAGGCAGUUGCGCUAUGAAGAGACCACAGGACCUCGAGAAGCACUGAGCCGGCUCCGGGAACUUUGCCGACGGUGGCUGCGGCCCGAGACCCACACCAAGGAGCAGAUCCUGGAGCUGCUGGUGCUGGAGCAGUUCCUGAGCAUCCUGCCCGAGGAGCUCCAGGCGCGGGUGCGGGAGCAUCACCCGGAGAGCGGGGAGGACAUGGUGGUUGUACUGGAGGAUUUGCAGCCAGAGCUUACAGAAACAGGACAACAGGUGGACCCAGACCAGGCAAAGAAACAGAAAAUGCUUGUAGAAGAGACAGCCCCCCUGAAGGCAGUGCAAGAGAGGCAGGUCCAGCCUGAGUGUGAGGUUUCCAGGCCUGAAAAGGAGAAAGGUGAGGACACAAGGACUGAGAAUGGGAAGCUGGUUGUAGAGACAGACCCUUGUGGAGGAGUGGAAUCAUCUAGGAAGAUAUCUGAACCCAUAGAGACUCAUUAUGGGGACUCUGACUUGGAAAGACCGCAGGCCAAGCCCAAGGAGAAGACUGCCUAUAAAUGCUCAGACUGUGGGGAGGGAUUCAUCCAGCACUCAGACCUGAUUAAACAUAAAGGUACGCACAUGAGGGAAAAGCCCUGUGCAUCUGAAGUGUGUCAGAGUUCUAGUCUUACUAGACAUCAGAAAAUCCGUUCUAGAGAGAAAGGUCAUCAGUGUCAUGAGUGUGGGAAGACCUUUCAGAGAAGUUCACACCUUGUCAGACACCAGAAAAUCCAUCUUGGCGAGAAGCCUUAUCAGUGCAAGGAGUGUGGAAAAGUCUUUAGCCAGAAUGCAGGCCUUUUGGAACAUCUCAGAAUCCACACUGGAGAGAAACCUUAUCUGUGUAUCCACUGUGGAAAGAACUUCAGACGCAGCUCUCACCUUAAUCGACACCAGAGAAUUCACAGUCAGGAGGAGCCUUGUGAGUGCAAGGAAUGUGGAAAGACCUUUAGUCAGGCCCUUCUCCUCACCCACCAUCAGAGAAUCCACAGCCACUCCAAAAGCCAUCGGUGCAACGAGUGUGGGAAAGCCUUUAGUUUGACCUCAGACCUUAUUCGACAUCACAGGAUUCACACUGGAGAAAAACCUUUCCGGUGUAAUAUAUGCCAGAAAGCCUUCCGACUGAACUCACACCUCACUCAGCAUGUGAGAAUCCACAAAGAAGAAAAGCCCUAUGAGUGUAAUGAAUGUGGAGAAGCCUUCAGACAGAGGUCAGGUCUUUUUCAACAUCAGAGGUAUCACCACAAAGACAAACUGGCUUCCUGACGUGUCCUUUGCUUAUGGAACCUCAGAGACAGUACAUUAACAAACAAACAGCACUUGAGGAAAGGUCACUCUAGCCAGCUCUGGGGGAGCUGGGGGCCAAGUUGGAGGCUGUCUGCCUCCACUCUUCUUUGUUUUUCUUGAAGUCAGCUUUGGACCAUAAUAAUUUGACUCUAGAUGGUACUGUGGGAUCAUAGUUAAACAGCAUUCUUUACUGCAGGACUUCUUGGAGCCAUUAACAUGGUUAAUGCAUGAUUAUGCAUCUCCAAAUAGUAGAGAGCCUCGUGAUUGAGAGAGGGCUUUGAAGUCAGCAGCAAAUCAAGUGUCCACAGAUUUACAGGCUUAAGCAGAA